CAUCAAUCACCCAUCGCCCGCCGGCCACGUCGCACUCCAACUCUUUGUUUCCUGCGCUUCCCUGCAGCACUGGUCGCAUUGCGUCCGCGACGCACACCCACUCGACGCGCAUCGACGCGCUCUUCGCACACCCCCGCUUCUCAUACAGUACCCUAACCUCCCACGCUCCCCAGGCUCGCGCACAUCUCCUGUCCACAGAGUCAGUAGCCAUCGGCGGUUGUAAACCAACCUUUUCCCACGACAGGUCGACAGCGCGCAAACAAUCCCAGAUCUGUAACUCGACUACGGAUCUGACGUGUCGUUCGAGGCUUGGACCGUCAACAUCCAGGCAUAAUGGAGCAGCAGGCAUCUUUACCCAGGCUAUCCCAGGACUCGCUCAUGCCUUCGACGGAAAUAUCUAGGCCAGGAACUCCUGACGACCGGCCCGUCUCCAGAUCUGCUUCUCCCGGGCCUUCAAAUCAAGCUAAAUUCGCAUCUCCUGUCCCUCCGCCCGCUUCCUCAAUGACUCCCCCUCCGUCCUCCCAGCUUCCUACUGUUCGAAGCACUACUGCCCGGACUCCCACACCUCCCACACCGCAGCUGACGUCCCCUCCUCCGACCACGAAGCUUUUCAGCCAGGCCUCCAUCCUCGCAGAUUCGGCCGGACCCCUCUAUUCUCCUGAGCAAAUCAAUGAUGCCUCCGCAGACGAACUCCGGGUUAUGGUCACUGACUUGACGGCCGCCUUGAGAGAUAUCCGACUGUCAGCUGCUCAUUAUAAGCUUCAAUACAACAUGGCCGUGAUGGAGAGCCAGGAGGCCGCCAGCCGGAUGGCUGUUGAGCUUGCUAUGGCUCAACGAGAGAUUGAUGUCCUGCAGCAAGCUGAGGAAAGGCGACGCAAUGCAGUGGCAUCCCCUGUCCAAAGUCUACAGGAUCCUCCGGUCAACCCGGCCAAUGCUCUCAUGAUUUCUGAGCUAAACCGGACGUGCCAGGUGUUGCAAAACGAGAACGAGAGGUAUCGGGACCUGGUGGAGCAGCAGAAACGCGUGAUCGAGCAUAGGGAGGGUGAGCUGGCCAGUCUGAUGGAAGAAAAUAAUCGGUUGAAAAGCCGAAUUCGUGCCAACCGGGACCACAUUGCUCCGCUUCUACCUUUUCUUGAACAGAUGAACGAGCAGAGUUCGCCACGAUCAGUCAUAGGCACCCCCCAUCAUGGCACACCCCGAAGUCGCACCCAUCGCGCGACUGCCCAAAGAGGUGGGGAAGCUAGUCGAGGGCAAAACAAUUUCGAGGCGUUGCUGCUUGCAGAUAAGAUGCUGAGUCAGGAGACUGCGACAGCCCCUUCGACUCCCAAUAGGACGCAUGCGCCCCGAUCACGGUUCGGUCAUUCCAGAGGAGCGCAGUCCAUGUCCUCCCUUCCUCAGACGCCAAACCGCAGAACGGCCCAUGUGCAACCUCAGACUCCUCCAGUCUUCUCUCUCAAUAACAUUCCCCAGUCUGCACCACCUGCCCACUACCUGCAGAAGCCUGGUCUUGCUCGCCGUGACAGCAGCAAUUCGACUAUCACUGCAUCUAGUGUGGAUGAUGAGGAAGCCUUUACCGAACACGAGGACGAGGAAGUCCCCGAAUCACAAGCCAGUCAGAUGGCCACCAGCAUGCUUCGUCGCGCUGUCCCGCCAUCAACGCAGGCACCACCACCAUCGCAAUCGUAUACGCAAUCGCAACUCGUCCAGAGUAAAAUUUAUGGCCAUGUCAAGAAGGGAAACAUCGCGAGAAAACCUGGCGAGUAUGAAAAGAGACGCUUGCCAUCACCUGCCGACCACCAUGGCAGCCCCACGAAGAGAGGAAGGGUGGAUCAAGGGGUUGGACUGGGUAUCGGUGGAGUUGUGAGAGAUUGAU